UUUUAGAGUCUGCCAAUAGGGACUUUAUGUGAUGAUACAGGAUUCUCAGGCAGACUGUCUGUCAACGCACACACACACGCGCGCACGCACGCACGCACACACACGGACACACGCACACACACACGCACACACACACGACUGAGCUGUCUCUGUAUUUUAGUUGUAAGUAUAUACACAUUCAAUUAUAUUUCUAUUUUUUAUAGAGCCAAAGAAGAUUACGGUUUUACAUAUCCUACUGUGUCAAUGCUCAUUUCCAUUUAUAUGAAAGAAGAAUAGAUAUUUAAAAAAAUGAUAUAUAAGAUACAGGAUUGUAUUUUGAUAUUGGAAACAUUUUUAAAUAAUUCAUUUUCAAGUAAAAGAAAAAAUAAAUAAAAUUAAAUAUAAAUACAUAGGGAUAGCAUGAAUGUGUACAUACUAAAUGAAAGGGACCAACAAAUCUAAGAAUAGGAACAUGCGGAUAAGUAGGAAAAACUUUAGACACAGACAUGAAUGACAAAUAUGAAUUUAUUGGCUCAAUUUUCACACAACUUGAAAGAUAUGAAGGCAGGUAUAUACCUUAAAAUUAAGUUAUUAUCCUUAAUAUUGAACAUACUGCAAAGAGCAGACCGAGAAGCAUAAAUGGGAAACAUUGAGUGUUCAUUCCACAAACCUUCAUGUAGUUUUUCCCAAACUCCUUUUUAUUGUUUUAAUGUAGCCGACAUUUCACCUAAGCAGUCAGUAGAAUAACUUAAGAACAUUUACUCAAGAACCGUACUUGAGCCAUUCCAUUGUACUUUUUACUACAUGUAUUUGAUAACAUUACUAGUUAUUUUUCAGAUUCAGACAAAUAAUACAUAAUUUAAAUAAACUAAUAAAUGAUGAUGUAUGUGUAUGGAGUAAGAUCCCCAGUAGCAGUAUAAUUAAAAUUAGCUCCACUUUUACCAGCUGCAACAUAGUGAAACUUACACAUCCACGGAUCAUUAAUUAUAAUCAAAUAAUAUAAUAUACAUUAUUCUGAAAUGGACCAUUCUGCAUAAUUAGUUUAACUAUGUACUUUUAUUUAUACAAACCCAUUUUGAAUGCAGGAUAAAUACUUGUGGCAGAGUAUUACCGUUUUUUGAUUUAAUACUUUAUGUAAAGCACUUUAUGUUACCUUUGUGUAUGAAAUGUGUUAUAUAAAUAAGCUUACUUUUUCCAACCACUGUUAACAAUAAUAUAAAGACUGAGAUGACAAACAUGAACCCAUCACUCAACAGGUAGGUUACUUGGUUUCGACCUUAAAGGAGAUUUAGUGAAACGUUUAUAGAGAAAAACAACGAGGUAUUAAUGUCCACGUCAUUUCUCAGCUCUGUUUGUGACCCAUAGAGUUUGUACAUGGUCUUGUUGACAAUGUGCACCUUAAGGCAAACCUAAAGGGAGGAGGGAAAGGAAACAAGGAAACGUCAAGGACACAAGUUGUUACUAUUGGAGCGCGGUCGCGAAGGUGCCUGAGGGAUGGGCCAAAACCCCCAUGAUUGUGUGUAUGUGUGUGUGUGCGUGUGUGUGCGUGUGUCUCUCUCUCUCUCUCUCUCUCUCUCUCCGUAGAGCGGAAACUGACCUCCGGGGGAAUUACAUUUCUUUAUUAAUAAUGCAUCUGUUAUUUAUCAAAACAAGUUGUCAGACUUCGCACAGAUAACCCAACGGCUCACCUGGAGGAGCAGAGACCGCGUUUUGUGAGCGGAGGAAGUGCAGAGGAAUGCGGGGGAAGGAAAGAUCCCGGUCAUACAACGAGUUCAUUGAUGAUGAUGAUGAUGGAGAUGAAAGUAGCGCACAGUCUCCAGGCUUCUUUGGCGAGGCCACCGAGGACCUGGAGCGCGAGGAGCCCGACGAUGGCACCUCACAAGAGGAUGACAACAAGGGAAGCGGUCCACAGAGGAGAUUCAGUAAAACCUGCCUGAGGAACGUCUUCACGGUGGUGCUCAUCUUCAUCUACCUGCUGCUGACGGGCGUGGCCAUGUUCCUGGCCUACCAGAACAUCUCUGACUUUCUGGAGAAACUCAACAACCCCGUUAUGUCCGUCACCUACAAAGAGGUCGACUCCUUUCUAGCACCGGGUAUUGCUCUGUACCCCGGCAAAGCUCGGCUCUUGAGCUGCAAACAUUACUUCCACGACUACAUCCCACCUUUAGUGGACCCGGGGAAGCCUCAAGAAGGAGACUGCUUGAUGGAAGACGUGACUUACUUUGGUCCGUUCACCAAUCAAACGAAGAUACAAGCUCUGGUGGUCCGCGGCCCAACUGACGUCAGAAACAAAGAGUUGAUCUUCAUGCAGUUCAGUCUCAAUGAAACCGAAGAGGACUUCAGCGCCAUCACCUACAUGCUUUUUUCCAAUUUUGGUGACUUGAUUCACAGUGCAAAUAAAUCCAUCUUCAUGAGGGAUUGUGAGAGGAAUUACUCCAUGUGGACUUUCUCUGGAGGGUUCAGAACCUGGGUCAAGAUGUCUUUAGUGAAAACGUCUGGAAAAAACAACGACGCUGUGGAGUUUCGGCAAGAGUCCGCUGUGGUGAAAUUCAAUGACAAAAGGCCCGAAUCAGAGAAAACUAAUCAGCUCUUCUUCGUCGUCUUCGAAUGGCGGGAUCCUUACAUUCAAGAAAUCCGACUGAUCGUGACUGCUAAUCCCUGGAACUCGAUAGCCAUUCUCUGUGGCGUCUUCAUGGCUCUCUUCAAGGCUGCUAAUUUUGCCAAACUCUCGAUCCAGUGGAUAAUCAGAAUGCGUAAGAGGCAUCUGAGGAACAAAACUCGGGAGCUGAACCAAAUAAACUGAAAUGUUGUGCAGAAAAACACUGGUGACGCAAUCUGACAAGAUCCAAAUUAUCCAAGUGGGUUUUUAUUUUGAACACAUUUUUUAGGUCAAUACUUUUCCACCUUUUAAUAAUUGGUAAAUAUUCUCAACACUAGAGAAUGUGUGUAUAGAUACAGGGAUAUAUGCUCGAACUGAAUACUAUCAAUUAAUCAUUUCCUAAAAAUGGCCAGAUCGACAAGAUAUCAGUGAAAUGUUAAGUGUUGCUUUUCAAAAUAAGCGUUUAUUUCAUAAAUGAUUUGUCCGCACGUGAAAUUGUUGCUGAAAGCGCUCAAAAUAUGUAAGGGGUUUGAGAGCUUUACGAACGAUGUUUAAGGUCUGUAAAAAGGUGUAAAGCUGAGAGAAUGUGAACUUUGGUCAACACGUUGCUGGAUUUUAAAAUCGUAUUAUAAAGGGAAUAUUGAGUAUUUUAAGUUUGCGUCCUAUAUUUUUUCCAGAAAUAUCCCUUUUGUGUUACAAUGCAUUUUAAAUAUAUUGAUGACUCUUAUUAACUACUUUUCUUCUGUCAAAGGGAUCUGCUGCUUUAUUUUUGUUUAGGCCAAAUCUGUGCUGCCUGAACUUUAUCUUUGUCCAUUGUUUUGAUUUGAGCAUAACAUAUAUUCUUUGUUGUUAACGUUUACCUGAAUUAAUGACUUAAUUGUGUCCCUUUUUUAAAUAUUGUAUCUCACUCGCUAUGUUGUUAGAAUUUUUUGAAAAUAAAAUGUCAUAUUUAUGUCUACAUUUAUUUUGUGGUGAAUAACAAUAAAGAUCUGAAUGUGUUAUGACAUGCUGCAUGAAGCUUCCCAAUGUGACAAAGCAUAGAUAAUGUCAUAUGCAUUAUGUUGUUCAUUCUGUACGACAUCUACGACGUUCCUGUGCGGACGUGAGGUCCCGGGACAGAGGAUGUGUACAGAUUGUUGAGCCCUGUGAGGCAAAUUUGUGAUUUUGGGCUAUACAAAAUAGAUUUCAUUGAAUUCAAUAAUUAAAUACUGUGGACUCUUU